AUUUGCAUUGGGAUACCAAACGAAUCACAAUCAUUUGAUUAACAUAAACAAAACAAAAGGAGAUGAAGAGAAAGUUCGAUCAAGAAAGAAAAAAGAACAAAGAAAGUCUAAUGUAAUCUAAUACUUGUUCUUGUACUUUUGUUGUCUCGUGGCAUUACCCAAGUUACAUGCAAGUCUCCUUAAAAUACAACGUGUGCAUUGUUACCUUCACGUCUCUAUGUCUCUUUCAGGAUUGCUUUGGGAAUUUGUGUGGAAUUAUACAUACGCCAUGCUUUGAUAAUCGACUUCAAAGGUAAACGAUGAAUUCAGCUUCGGAUCACCUCAUAGCACAACACAGGAGAGUCAAUAGCUCAAGGAUAUCUGGUGGUUCGGAAGUUUUCGACCCUACUGUAAUUUAUAACAAAGACAUUGAAGCCAAUCAGCGAGCGAUAUUGGUGGAGUGGAUGAAUAGUACUGUUCCUAGUUUAAAUUUUCCAGUAAAAGCCUCAUCCGAGCAGUUGAGGACCUGUUUGAUUGAUGGGACUGUUCUACUACAGAUUUUAAAUAGGCUUAGACCUGGUUUUUCGUACAAGGAAGGUAGUUCUCGCUCAGAAAAUGUUAAGAAGUUUCUGGCAUGCAUGGAUGAGCUGGGAAUUCUCAAGUUCGAACUGUCGGACCUGGAGACGGGAUCCAUGAAGAAUGUUAUGGAUUGCCUUUCAACACUUCGAGCACAAUUUGCAUAUUUGGGAGGUAAUCUCUCACCCACAAGUGGGAUUACUAGAUUUGGCAGUCCUCGAGGGGAUGCAUCUUCCAAUGGCCAUUUUUCUCCAACAUUUGGGGAAGAAAAGCGGAAGUUUUCCCCAGAGUCUAAAUCUCAACAUGCUUUAGAGCCGUCAGCUGCAUCCAUGCACCAUGUUGGACAUAAAUUCCAUGAGGUGUUUCAACUGAAACAAGGCCGCUUUUCAGAACUUUCUGCUGCAAAAAUUUCUGAAAUGAUGAAAUCAAACAGUUUGGAUAAUUCACCAACUCAGUCGCUUUUGAGUGUUGUCAACGGAAUAUUGGAUGAAAGCAUUGAAAGAAAGAGUUACGAAAUACCACAUCGUGUGGCCUGUCUGUUGAGAAAAGUUUUGCAAGAGAUUGAACGACGUAUAUCAACUCAAGCAGAGCACUUAAGAACUCAAAAUAAUCUAUUCAAAGCUCGUGAGGAGAAGUACCAGUCAAGGAUCAGAGUUCUUGAAGCCCUUGCUUCUGGGACUGGUGAAGAAAGAGGGGCUGUUAAGGACCAGCUUCAACAUUUAAAGAUUGAGAAGUCCAAAAUGGAAGGAGAGAAGAGACUUGAAGAGGAGCAUGUAGCUAAGUUGAUCAUAGAGAGGGAGCAAAGAGACCUUGAUCUUUCAACCUUAAAACAAGAAUUAGAAUUAGUGAAAGAGACGCAUGAACUACGUCACUUGAAAAUGGAAGCAGAAGCCAAGGGUGCUAAAGCAGGCCUUGAGGAGAGAUUAAAAGAGCUUGAACUCCACUUAGAAGAUUCCAGGAACCAAGUGAAAGUGCUUUCGGCAUAUUCAGAGUCAAAAUCUAUGACGUUCAACGAGAAAGAGGACAUUUUUAAGGGCUUUGUUGAGUUUCAAUUUGGUGCACUGCAGGGAAUGAGGUUUUCUUGCAAGUCCAUCAAGCAAGAAAUUUUAGAAGUACAUAAAAGCUACACAGAGGAAUUCAAUGGCUUAGAAGUGAAGUUAAAAGCAUUAAUCGAUGCAACCGGGGACUAUCACUUUGUCGUUGCUGAAAAUAGGAGGAUGUUCAAUGAGCUUCAGGAAUUAAAAGGAAACAUCAGAGUUUAUUGCCGUAUAAGGCCAUUUCUUCCAGGGCAGGUUGCAAAACAAACAGCGGUAGAAUAUAUAGGUGAAAAUGGAGAGGUGGCUGUUGUGAAUCCCUCCAAACAAGGGAAAGAUAGACGUCGCAAUUUUAAGUUCAAUAAGGUCUUUGGUCCAGAUUCUACUCAAGCGGAGGUAUAUUCAGACACUCAACCAUUGAUACGCUCUGUACUGGAUGGAUAUAGCGUGUGUAUAUUUGCUUAUGGACAAACUGGUUCAGGAAAAACUUACACAAUGACUGGUCCAAAUGGAGCAUCUGAGGAGGAUUGGGGGGUUAAUUAUCGGGCUCUAAAUGACCUUUUCAAAAUUUCUCAGAGCAGAGGAGGCUCCUUUAACUAUGAGAUUCAGGUUCAGAUGGUUGAAAUAUAUAACGAACAAGUGCAUGAUUUACUGUUGAUCGAUGGUUCUCAGAAAAACCUUGGGAUUAAGUCUACUGUCCAAACCAAUGGUUUGGCUGUACCAGAUGCUAGCAUGCAUCCUGUUACAUCAACUUCAGACGUUUUAGAAUUAAUGGAUAUUGGACUAAGAAACAGAGCUGUUGGGGCUACUUCCAUGAAUGAAAGAAGCAGCCGCUCUCACAGUGUUGUCAGUAUCCAUGUUCGUGGAAAGGAUUUGCAUUCUGGGGCUGCUUUACAUGGUAAUCUUCAUUUGGUGGAUCUAGCAGGGAGCGAAAGGGUAGAUCGCUCUGAGGCAACUGGAGAUAGACUUAGAGAAGCACAACAUAUAAACAGAUCAUUAUCUGCCCUUGGGGAUGUUAUAUUCGCUCUGGCACAAAAGAAUUCUCAUGUACCAUACAGAAACAGCAAGCUCACUCAACUACUGCAAAGCUCUUUAGGAGGUCAAGCAAAGACGCUUAUGUUUGUACAGCUCAAUCCUGAUGUCAUUUCAUAUUCAGAAACUAUAAGCACUCUGAAGUUUGCAGAGAGGGUCUCUGGAGUUGAGCUAGGUGCAGCACGAAGCAGCAAAGAGGGCAGAGAUGCUAGGGAAUUAAUGGACCAGGUGGCAUCUCUCAAAGACACGAUUGCCAAAAAAGAUGAUGAAAUUGAGCAGUUGGAAUUACGUAAAGAUAUCAAAAACGAGUAUCCUGGCUCACUGAGGUAUGGGAAUUCCUCAGCAAGCGAUGAUUUUUCAGGUGUUAAUCCUCAUAGAACCCAAAAACCAUCGAUCAGGAAAAGCAUGGGAAAUGAGACAGUUUCUUAUCAGGAAAGCAAUCCAGAGCAUAGUGACAGGCAUUCUGAAGCUGGUUCCCAGCAAUCAAAACUUUCUGAAAGGGACACAGGUCAGGAUAUGUCAUUUGCAGAUGCUAAGAUAUUUCGAUUUGGAGAUGGAGGCUGUGAGGAUAGAUUAAGUGACAUUUCUGAUGGUGCUCUUUCAGUGGGAGAAGAACCUGAUGGCGAAACAGAUCAAGGCACAAAGCUAUCAAAUAAAUUGCGGAAGAGUACUAGCAUGGCAUCAACUUCUCGACUCUUACAAAACCAAGCACAGGCCACAUCAAGGACAGCGACUGUGUCAACGGACUCCCCAAAAGGGUCAACAAGUAUUAAGAAAACUGGCAAUUCCAACUUGGUCAAGUCUUCAAAGCGAUGGCAGUAAAUUAAAAGUAUUCAUUGAGCCUUCAAGGAUUAUUUUUUUAUACGUUGAUUUCUUCAUAUCGGUUACUUAAUUUCCAUAUUUUUUAUUCACUGACUUGCAGUGAUAGGUAGUGUUCAUAAUCAUAGAUACACGGAGGCUUCUAUCCCCUCUACAAGUUAUACUUUCUCCCUCCCAUUUCUGAUUCUUACAACGAAACAGUUUUGUACUUACCUCAAACCGAAAUGCUCUGAAAUUCAGAUAUUAAGUUCCUGCAACGACACAUAUUUGUGUA